UUCAUACCAGAGUUUAUACCAGAGGUGUUGCUUCAUUUAGAUUGCGUUUAUGCACUUACGUAGAAUAAGCUUAACUGUGUGCUUUGCCCGAGGAAACCUUUUUAUUUUGUUGUAAAGACCUUUAACUAAGUUUUAUUUAUUCGUGAACAAUAUUGUAACGUUGUAACUGUAUCUGUGCUCGGAUAGUCUUCGAGGGAGCAACAGCGGAAGCAUUGAAGAAGAAGACAGAUUCAUUUUUCACCAGAACUAAAAAACUAAAGACUUUCCCUCAAACAUUUACUAUGUCUAACUUCAACUGGAAGCCCUUUGUGUAUGGAGGUUUGGCUUCUGUAACUGCUGAAUGUGGUACCUUCCCUAUUGACCUCACCAAGACCCGUCUUCAGGUGCAAGGCCAGGUCAGUGACGCCCAACACAAAGAGAUUCGAUACCGGGGGAUGUUUCAUGCUCUUGUCCGGAUAUACAAAGAAGAAGGAUUGAAAGCAUUAUAUUCCGGGAUUGCCCCUGCUGUGCUGCGGCAAGCUUCCUAUGGAACGAUAAAGAUUGGCACGUACCAGAGCUUCAAACGCCUCUUCGUUGACAGCCCAGAAGAGGAGUCCCUGCUGGUCAACAUUCUGUGUGGAGUUCUGUCUGGAGUGAUCUCCUCUUCCAUUGCUAACCCCACGGAUGUAUUGAAAAUACGAAUGCAGGCUCAGGGAUGCGUCAUGCCGGGAGGAAUGAUUGGUAAUUUCAUCAAUAUCUAUCAGCAGGAAGGAGCUCGUGGCCUUUGGAAACGCCUUUAA